UGAAAGUACUGAAACAUGCUAACCUUUAAAAUAAAAAAAUACAAUAACAACAAUGUACACAUGCAAUUACUAGAGAAAAGCAAUGACAGCUUUACUUUCACAAGAAGGUGAUUUCACCAGCGGUAUUAAAAGCAUUAGGUGAAAGUGAAAGAACAUUUCAAGCUGUGAUCAGAAAUAAUUUCUGAAAACAAGACGGGCUGUAACUUUGUGAACAAAUGGCAGCAAGAUCUUUAGUCCUGGAAGAGGAGCUCUCCUGUCCUGUGUGUUGUGAAAUCUUCACAGAUCCUGUUGUCUUGACAUGUAGCCACAGCUUCUGUAAAGCCUGUCUGCAGCAGUACUGGGAGCAGAAAGGAUCUCAGGAAUGUCCAACCUGCAGGAGAAGAUCUUCAAGAGAAAACCCUCCGAACAACCUGGCUCUAAAGAAUCUGUGUGUGAGGUUCUUAGAUGAGAGGAGUCAGAGACCUCCAGUGGGGUCUGAAGUGCUCUGCAGUCUACACAGGGAGAAACUCAAGCUCUUCUGUUUGAAUGAUGAAGAGCCUGUCUGUGUUGAUUGUGUAACUUUAAAAAAACAUGAAAACCACAAAUUUCGCCCAGUACAGAAGACAUCUCAGAAGUAUAAGGAGGGGCUUAAGGCUGCACUGCAGUCCCUGCAGAAGAAGCUGGAUUCCUUUAAUCAAGUUAAACACACAUAUGACCAAACUGUAGUACACAUUAAGAAACAGGCCCUACAGACAGAGAGACAGAUAAAGGAGGAGUUUGAGAAACUUCACCAGUUUCUACAAGAUGAAGAGGCAGCCAGGAUAGCUGCACUGAGGGAGGAAGAGGAAGAGAAGAGACAGAUGAUGGAGCAGAAGAUUGAGAGUCUUACAAGAGAGAUAUCAUCCCUUUCAGACACAGUCAGAGUUGUAGAACAAGAGAUGGGAGCUGAAGACAUUUCAUUUCUGCAGAACUACAAGGACACAAAGAGCAGAACCGAGCGCACACUGCAGGAUCCAGAGCUCAUUUCAGGAGCACUGAUAGAUGUUGCCAAGCACCUGGGCUCUCUGAAGUACAGAGUCUGGGAGAAGAUGCUGGGGAUUGUUCAGUACACACAUGUGACUCUGGACCCCAACACAGCAGAACCUCAUCUGUCACUGUCUGAAGACCUGACCUGUGUGCGAUACAGACCUGAGAAACAGGAGCUUCCUAACAACCCAGAGAGGUUUCAUUCCUUGCACGGUGUUCUGGGAUCUGAGGGAUUCACCUCAGGUAGACACUCUUGGAAUGUGGAGGUGGAAAACAGAAGUUUUUGGGGAUUUGGUGUGGCCAAACAAUCCACCAACAGUAAAGAAUUAGUCUCUCUGAGCCCAGAAAGCGGAGUGUGGGCUCUACGGGUGGGCAAUGGUGUUUAUAGAGCUCUGACCUCACCACGGACACAACUCAAAUUGAAGAGGAAACCCCAGAGGAUCAGAGUGCAGCUGGACUAUGACAGAGGGGAAGUGUCAUUCUCUGAUCCCAACGCUGGGACUCACAUCUACACUUUUAAAGACACAUUUACUGAGAGAGUGUUUCCAGUAUUUUGGCCAGGCGAGUCUCAUCUUCUGCGUAUCUGCCCAGUGAAGGUGUCUGUAAGAGUGGAUCAUAACACAAAAGGCAGAUUGAAUAAAAUAAAUGUCAGAUUUUGCUGUAGGUCUAUCAAAGAAAUGGCAGCAAGAUCUUCUGGCCUGGAAGAGGAUCUCUCCUGUUCCAUGUGUUAUGAUAUCUUCAAGGAUCCUGUUCUCCUGACAUGCAGCCACAGCUUCUGUAAAGUCUGUCUGGAGCAGCACUGGAAACAGAAGGGCUCUCAGGAAUGUCCAGCCUGCAGGAGAAGAUCUUCAAGGGAUCUGCCUCCUUACAACUUGGCUCUAAAGAAUGUGUGUGAGAAGUUCUUACGGGAACGGAGUCAGAGACCUCCAGCAGGGUCUGAAGAGCUCUGCAGUCUGCACAGGGAGAAACUCAAGCUCUUCUGUAUGACUGAUGAAGAGCCUGUCUGCCUGGUUUGUCAGACCUCAGGAAAACACAAAAACCAUGAGUUCUGUCCUGUGGAAGAAGCUGUGGUGGAUCGUAAGGAUGACCUCAAGGCUGCAUUGGAGCCAAUGAAGAAGAAACUUGAAGAGAUUGAUAAAGUUAAACAGACAUGUGACCAAACUGCAGAGUACAUUAAGACACAGACCCAACAGACCGAGAGGCAAAUUAAGGAGGAGUUUGAAAAACUUCACCAGUUUCUACGAGAUAAAGAGGAAGCCAGGAUAGCUGCACUGAAGGAGGAAGAAAAGCAGAAGAGUCAGAUGAUGAAAGAAAAGUUUGAGAGCCUUACAAUAGAGAUUUCAUCCCUUUCAGAGACCAUCAGAGCCAUAGACCAGGAGAUGAGAGCUGACGACAUUUUCUUCCUGCGGGACUACAAGGAGACAAAGAUCAGAGCUCAGCACACACUGCAGGAUCCAGAGGGGGUUUCAGGAGCACUGAUUGAUGUUGCCAAGCACCUGGGCUCUCUGAAGUACAGAGUCUGGGAGGAGAUGCUGAGGAUUGUUCAGUACACUCCUGUGACUCUGGACCCCAAUACAGCAUCACCCAACCUCUCACUGUCUGAGGAUCUAACCAUUGUGAGAUACAAUGAUGAGGAACAGCAGCUUCCUGACAACCCAGAGAGGUUUGAUCUCUGUUACUAUGUGCUGGGAUCUGAGGGAUUUACUUCAGGGAAACACUGCUGGGACGUGGAGGUGGGAGACAGCACCUUUUGGUACUUGGGUUUGGCCAAAGAAUCCAUCAAAAGGAAAGGAUCAAUAAUUCUGAACCCAAAGGGAGGACUUUUAGUUCUCUGGCAGUGUGGAGGUGUUUACAGUGCACUGACCUCACCAGGGACACUGCUUACUCUGAAGAGAAAGCCCCAGAAGAUUAGAGUGCAGCUGGACUAUGACAGGGGGGAGGUGUUAUUCUCUGACCCAAGUGAUGGGACACCCAUUUACAACUUUAAAGACACAUUUACUGAGAAGCUGUUUCCAAUUUUCUUUCCUGGCUUUUGUACAGUUCCUCUGCGAAUUUGCCCAGUGAAUGUAUCUGUAACAAUGAUCCAUAACACAAUGUGUUAGCCCCACCAGAACAGGGGAAGAAGAGGAAUUCAAAUACAGCAGGACUGAUAAUUGGAAGUGACUUUAGAAACUGUUCUUUCUUCAUUGUAUGAUAUUAUUAAAUGAAUGCUAGCUGUUCACUGUGGUGAGAUAAUGCAGAAUAAUUUUCAGUUGUGAUGUAAUUGUAUUUGUAUUUCAGGGGUAGCUUUAAAAAUUAUAGUGUUUGUCAUUCAUUCUGUGAUCCUGUUUCUUAGUUACUAAGUCAGACGUAGUUAUUGUUUAUAGAGCUAUGAUUCAAGACAAAUUAACUAUCACAAACAUGUUUUAGUUCACUGUGUUGAAAAUCUCAGUUAUAAAAGAGUUUCUAGCUUGUACCAUCACUUCAAUUGAUCUCAUGCUGUGAGAUGACCAGAAACAGCCCAGUGUGAGACUAGAACUGGUCUGGCAUUUUGGCUGGCAUCUGAAGUGUGAUAAAAGUGAAUAUCCAGAGUAGUUCCAUGUUACAGAACAAAGUAACCAUUGCAAUCACAUUGGGAUAUAAGGCAAUACUGUCUUCUGUUUGUAUGCUGAGAUUUACUUGCAUGAUUCCAGUUUUUUAGUGUACUAGUCUAGUUCCACUUUAAAAAUCACAUUCCAAAACAGAAAGCUAUGCUGUAGCUGAUUUUUCAUGGGCUUCACAUGCAGAGGGGCGGAGUGGUGGCACUGCGGCUAAGGAUCUGUGCCUGUAGCUGAAAGGUUGCUGGUUCAAAUCCUGUAGAUAGCAAAGGAAUCCUACUCUGUUAGGCCCCUGAGCAAGGCCCUUAAUCCCAACUGCUCCAGUGGUGCUGUAUGAUGGUUGACCCUGUGCUCUCCCUGUGUGUCUCAUGAAGAGCAAGCUGGGGUAUGUGAAAAGACAAAUUCCUAAUGCAAGAAA